AUGAUGAAGGGAGUGGUCAAGAUGAAGAUCAAUCACUAUGAACAAGAUCGUAGUGCACUUAAGAAAAGGGAAUGGGAACGGAGGAAUCAAGAAGUUCAGCAAGAAGAUGGUCUCUUUUCUUCAGGCUUUGAUCUUUUUGGGGAGCCGUACAAGACAAACAAAGGUGAUGCCCUUGCCAACCGGGUCCAGAACACGCUUGGAAACUAUGAUGAAAUGAAGGAUUUGCUAACUAGCCAUUCUAAUCACAAUCAUCUAGUGGGGAUCCCAAAGAAUUCUGUGCCCCAGACACCCAUCAACAAAAAUGAAUCGAGCUUUUUUCCAGAACAAAAGAACCGAAUGAUCCCACCACAUCAAGAUAAUACCCAUUCCUCCUCGGCACCAAUGCCUCCACCCUCUGUCGUGAUCCUGAAUUCCACUCUAAUACAUAGCAACAGAAAACCGAAACCUGAGUGGUCACGAGAUAGUCAAAAUACAAGCACUGGACCAGCAAGCCAGGCCAGCAGUCAGCCAAACAAGAUACAGACUUCCACACAGGACCAGCCUCAAGCCAGAUUGGAAGACUUCUUUGUCUAUCCGGCUGAGCAGCCCCAAACUGGUGCAGUUGAAGAGUCAAACCCAUCUGCCAAGGAAGACAGAAACACCAAGUCUAGUGGAGAAGAGGCUUUCAAAGAAAUCUUUCAAUCCAACUCACCUGAAGAAUCUGAAUUUACAGUGCAAACACCUGGCUCUCCCCUAGUUGCCUCAUCUUUGCUAGCUCCCAGCAGUGGCCUUUCCAUUCAGAACUUCCCACCAGGGCUUUACUGCAAAACAAGCAUGGGCCAGCAAAAGCCGACUGCCUAUGUAAGACCCAUGGAUGGCCAGGAGCAGACACCAGACAUCUCUCCGACACUGAAACCUUCCAUUGAAUUUGAAAACAGCUUUGGGAAUCUGUCUUUUGGGUCCCUCUUGGAUGGAAAACCCAGUACAGCCAGUUCAAAGACUAAACUACCCAAGUUCACCAUUCUCCAAACAAGUGAAGUAAGCCUUCCCAGUGAUCCAAGCUGUGUUGAGGAAAUCUUGCGGGAGAUGACCCAUUCCUGGCCUGCUCCGCUCACUGCCAUGCACACUCCUGGACACUCUGAGCAGAACACGUUUUCCAUCCCAGGACAGGAAUCUCAACAUCUGACCCCAGGAUUCACCUUACAAAAGUGGAGUGACCCAACUAGCAGAGCUUCGACGAAGAUGCUUGAGGAUGACCUGAAGCUGAGCAGUGAUGAGGAUGACCUUGAGCCUGUGAAGACCUUGACCACACAGUGCACAGCCACUGAGCUGUACCAGGCUGUUGAAAAGGCAAAACCUAAGACUAAUCCUGUGAAUCCACCCUUGACCACACUCCAGCCCCCGCCCACAGUGCCAGCCAAUGGGGGGUCCGGCAGCUCCAGUGAGUCAGAGAGCAGCUCUGAAUCAGACUCUGACACUGAAAGCAGCACCACUGACAGUGAAUCCAACGAGGCACCUCGUGUGGCCACUCCGGAGCCUGAACCACCCUCGACCAACAAGUGGCAGCUGGAUAAAUGGCUUAACAAAGUAACAUCCCAGAACAAGUCAUUUAUUUGUGGCCAAAAUGAAACACCCAUGGAGACUAUUUCCCUGCCACCUCCAAUCAUACAACCAAUGGAAGUCCAGAUCAAAGGGAAGUCAAACCCCCGCCAGGUCUUGCCUGAACCCAAAGAACGGCCUCUCCUCAGUCUCAUUAGGGAGAAAGCCCGUCCACGGCCCACCCAGAAAACUCCAGAAUCAAAAGCUCUGAAGCAUAAGUUAUCGACCACUAUUGACACAGCUUCUCAAAGGACAAUUGGGAAGAAACAGCCCAAAAAGGUUGAGAAAAACACCAGCAUCGAGGAGUUUACCUGGCCGAAACCAAAUAUUACCAGCAGCACUCCCAAAGAAAAAGAGAGCGUGGAACUUCCUGAUCCGCCCAGAAGCCGUAACAAAGCCACUGCCCACAAACCAGUCCCGAGGAAAGAACCAAGGGCUCACAUCCCCUUGGCUGCUGAGAAGAAGAAGUAUAGAGGGCCAAGCAAGAUCGUGCCAAAGUCCCGGGAAUUCAUUGAAUCAGAUUCGUCUACAUCUGAUUCCAACACAGACCAAGAAGAAACCCUGCAGAUCAAAGUCCUGCCUCCCUGCAUCAUUCCUGCAACUAAUAAUGCCAAAUCCAAGGAGAGCUCUGCUGCCAACCUAUCUCUCAGCAGCUUGAUCAGCAGCAGCAACAACAACCCAUCCAUCAAUAAUGAAGAGCCAGCUUUCUCGCCCAUUCCGGCCAUGCAAACUGAGCUUCUGUCCCCUCUUCGAGAUCAUGAGAACCUGAAAAACCUCUGGGUGAAAAUUGACCUUGACUUACUUUCUAGAGUACCUGGCCACAACUCACUCUCAGCAACACCCACCAAGCCAGACCACAAGGAGACUGCCUCGAAACCCAAGCGUCAAACAGCCGCCACAGCUGUGGACAAACCUGCCAUUAAGGGCAAGCGUAAGCACAAGCCAGCAGAAGUUGCGGAGAAAAUCCCUGAGAAGAAGCAACGCCUGGAGGACACCACUACUAUCUGCCUGCUCCCCCCCUGCAUCUCACCAGCCCCACCCCACAAGCCUCCCCAUGCUAGAGAAAAUAAUUCUAGAAGAGCAAAUAGAAGAAAAGAAGAAAAGCUUUUCCCUCCUCCACUUUCCCCACUGCCAGAGGACCCUCCACGUCGGAGAAAUGUCAGUGGCAAUAAUGGUCUCUUCAGUCUAGACAAAAACAUCUCCAUGACUGGACAGAUCACCUCUACAAAACCUAAGCGAAAUGAAGGCAAAUUCUGUGCUACUUUCAAAGGAAUAUCUGUAAAUGAGAUAGACACUCCAAAAAAGGCUGCCUCUGCCACCGUUACUGUCACCAAUACUGCUAUUGCCACUGUUACUGCUACUGCCAUUGUCACUGCCACUGUCACUGCUACUGCUACCGCCACUGCCACAUCCACCACCACAACUACCACCACCACUAUUUCCACCAUCACCUCUACUAUCACUACUGGCCUUAUGGAUAGCAGUCACCUGGAGAUGACGUCCUGGGCAGCCCUGCCCCUCCUAUCCAGCAGCAGUACUAAUGUCCGGAGACCCAAGCUCACUUUUGAUGACUCGGUUCACAAUGCUGACUAUUACAUGCAAGAAGCUAAGAAGCUGAAGCAUAAGGCUGAUGCACUGUUUGAGAAAUUUGGCAAAGCUGUGAAUUAUGCUGAUGCCGCUCUGUCCUUCACCGAAUGCGGCAAUGCCAUGGAACGUGACCCUCUGGAAGCCAAGUCCCCGUAUACUAUGUAUUCCGAGACAGUGGAGCUCCUCAGGUAUGCAAUGAGGCUGAAGAACUUUGCAAGCCCCUUGGCUUCUGAUGGGGACAAAAAGCUAGCAGUGUUAUGCUACCGAUGUUUAUCACUUCUCUACUUAAGGAUGUUUAAACUGAAGAAGGACCAUGCUAUGAAGUACUCCAGAUCACUGAUGGAGUAUUUUAAGCAAAAUGCUUCAAAAGUUGCUCAGAUACAGUCUCCAUGGGUAGGCAAUGGAAAGAACACGCCAUCCCCUGUGUCUCUCCACAACGUCUCUCCGAUCAACGCAAUGGGGAACUGCAACAACGGCCCUGUUACCAUUCCCCAGCGCAUUCACCACAUGGCUGCUAGCCAUGUCAACAUCACAAGCAAUGUGCUGCGGGGCUAUGAACACUGGGACAUGGCUGACAAACUGACAAGAGAGAACAAAGAAUUCUUUGGCGAUCUGGAUACAUUGAUGGGGCCCCUGACCCAGCACAGCAGCAUGACCAAUCUUGUCCGCUACGUUCGCCAGGGACUGUGUUGGCUGCGCAUUGAUGCCCAUUUGUUGUAGUGGGUGCUCUCCUCUGUCUAGCAUCACUGCCCAUCACUCUACCUCUACCAGCGUACUGAUGGUCACUGGUGGAACCUCAAGCAUCUGGGAUAGUUCUCUUUGGUUGUGUUUGUUUUUUUUUAAUGUUUCUUUUGAUAUCUGUGAAAAACUGAAGUCAUUGUAAGUGGACACUACAACUUGAAAGCCUUGUUAUGUUUUAUUACCUUUGAGUUUUUGAUAUGCAUCUCUCAGAUCCUGACAUCUUUAUGGAAACGAUAGUCCCUACAAUAUCAUUUUAAGGCCACACUGCCCAACACAAUGAAU